AUGCUCUCUCUGCAGUAUGGAUUUAUCAACACCUGUUUGAAGUCGCUGGUUGUUGACAAGUUUGGCGAGGAGACAUGGAUGAAGCUCAGAGAUGAGGCCGGGGUUCAAGAUACAUUCUUGACAUAUGAAGUGUACAAAGACGACAUCACCAUGCAACUGGUGGCUGCGGCCUGCAAGCUACUGGAUGUUAAACCAGAGGUGGUGUUGAGACAAUUUGGGGAAUACUUUUUUGACUUUUGUAAACGAUCUGGAUACGACCACAUGUUACGGACUCUGGGAGGGAACCUGUUCGAGUUUAUCGAGAAUCUGGAUGCACUGCACAGCUACCUCGCCCUUUCUUACAAGGAGAUGAACGCGCCGUCAUUUCGAGCGGAGAGGAACGAUGACGGCACGAUGUUUCUUCACUAUUACUCCGACCGCCAAGGCCUAUGCCAAAUUGUACCCGGUAUCAUUGAAGCUGUAGCAAAAGACUUCUUCAACAGCGAGAUAACGAUGGAAAUCGUCAACCAAAUAGAGGAAGUAGAGAGGACAGGAAAGAAGGAGCAUGUAGUAUUCCUCGUCACUCAGAAACCGACGUUUUCGAAUGACAUACAGAAAUCAUUGCAGAGGAAACUCCAAUCUCGGGGAUUUUCCAUGUGUAGGAACCACUGGGAGACUAUGUUUACUUCAAUCAUAGGCAAACUCUUGAGAGGAUUUGAGCCAGUCUACCCGAAGAACCUUUGCAUCGACCUGAAGACAUUUUGCAAUGCCUUUCCCUUCCAUAUAGUGUUCGACAAGGAGCUGAUGGUGAGACAGGCAGGGGUGAACGUCCAGAAGAUCGUCCCCGGGCUGCAGACCAUGAGCAUUCACCUGGACCAGUACUUCAGUAUCGUCCACCCCGAGGUCACCUUCACCAUCUCCAGCAUCAGGAAGUUCAUCAACAGCCACUUUGUCCUGCAGACGCGACGGGACAUGAUGCCCGAGGCCUGGAGGGAUAGACCCAUGCUGGAGCUCAGAGGUCAGAUGUUGUGGAUGGAGUCUCUGCAGUGCAUGCUGUACCAGGCCUCCCCUUUGCUGCGAAGCCUCCACGAGCUGGAGGAGCGGAGCAUGCACAUCUCUGACAUCGCCCCUCACGACGUCACGCGGGACCUCAUCCUGCUCAACCAGCAGCGGCUGGCCGAGAUGGAGCUCUCCAACCAGCUGGAGAGGAAGAAGGAGGAGCUCCGACACCUGUCCCAGCAUCUGGAGGAGGAGAGGACCAAGACGGAGAACCUGCUGUACGCCAUGCUGCCCAAACAUGUGGCCAACCAGCUGAAGGAGGGGAAGAGAGUGGAAGCAGGAGAGUUCAAGGAGUGCACCAUCCUCUUCAGUGAUGUGGUCACCUUCACCGACAUCUGCUCGGAGUGUGAGCCCAUCCAGAUCGUCAACAUGCUCAACUCCAUGUACCUCAAGUUCGACCGGCUCACCACAGUACACACAGUUUACAAGGUGGAGACCAUAGGUGAUGCCUACAUGGUGGUAGGUGGCGUGCCCAUCCCGGUGUCCAGCCAUGCUGAGAGGGUGGCCAACUUUGCCCUGGGCAUGAUCAUAGCAGCUCGGGAGGUCAUCAACCCCAUCACAGGGGGGCCUAUCCAGAUCCGGGUGGGUGUACACAGCGGGCCGGUUCUAGCUGGUGUGGUGGGGGAGAAGAUGCCUCGGUACUGCCUGUUCGGAGACACAGUAAACACAGCGUCUCGCAUGGAGAGCCACGGCCUCCCCAACAAGAUCCACCUCAGCCCCAGUGUUUACCUGGUUCUGAAAGACAAGGGCUUCAUGUUCCAGGAGCGAGGGGAGAUCGAUGUGAAGGGGAAGGGCAGGAUGUCCACCUACUUCCUGGAAGGGAACCUGACCGUCACGGAGCACGAGCUCAUGGGCCGUUCAGUUAAGGAGGCCGACUCGGGCCGUGCGUCUGUCCAGUCGGCACGGGACUGCAACACAGAGGCAGCCCUGUACAGACCGGCCAUCCAGAGGGUGCAGAGUGAGGACAGGAAUCCUGCAGUGCCCAUGGAGUAUGGAGACAGCCUGACCGACCUGCCGCCCUCAGUCCAGCUCACUGACCCCCAGCCACAAGCCAGAGCCAAGAGCCUCAAAGGAAAACCUCGGGACUCAGAGAGCUACGGCAGUCUCUACAGUGACAACAAGUCAGUGGAGGGAGGUCUCCUCAACCCAGACCACCAGCUGACCAGAGCAACCUUGUCCCAGAGUCCCACUCCCAUAGAGGCUGAGGCUCCUCCUUCCACCAAACACAUCCGGACCAGUUUCUGUGUGGUCCUCUGA